AGAUGUGAUGUUUCGAUGAGGUCGAUAUCGCACAGGACCAAAAGACGAGAAGUAAUUGUCAAAUUUUGGCUGUUGUGAUGUGUAAAGAUCGAUAUUGAGAUAUAAAUAAUAUUCGAUGGGAACUUUGAGUUAAUUUACAGGUUCAUAGAAGAAACUACAGCAUGAUUGGAGAGCUUACAGAUAAAAAGUCAUUUCUUGAUUUCGAUCAGCUGAUUGACGUGGAAAAUUUUCAGUAGAUCUAGAUCUGUUACAAAAUGAAUAUCAUCAGGCCUAAUUUUUAAAAUUCAUGUUUUGUUAAAUGUUAUAUUCGCCAAAUUAUCAGUAUGGCUAGUAAAGACGACAGUGAUUCUUUAGAAAAAUAUGUCGGCCAUCGUAGGGGAAAACAGUACAGGACCAAGUUACCAGUACCUAUGUUUGACAGGAAUGACUUCAGUGUAUGGACAAUUCUUAAACAAUGUAUAGGCAAGGAAUUGUCAAAGAUAACUAUGCCUGUUGUAUUUAAUGAACCAAUCAGCUUUCUACAGAGAAUUACAGAGUAUAUGGAAUAUUCAGAGCUACUAGAAAAGGCCAGUACAUGUGAAGACCCUGUUGAUAGGUUAAAGUUUAUCUCGGCAUUUGCAGUGUCUGCUAUUUCAUCCAACUUUGAACGUUUAGGAAAACCAUUCAAUCCAUUAUUAGGAGAAACUUUUGAAUUUGAUAGACCAGAUUUGGGAUUUCGGAUGGUGAGUGAACAAGUAUCCCAUCAUCCACCUAUUAGUGCAUUCUAUGUGGAGUCUCCAAAUUACAAAUUCCAUGGAUCCAUCCAUCCCAAACUCAAGUUUUGGGGCAAAUCUGUAGAGGUCAAUCCUAAAGGCAUCCUAACUCUGGAAUUAAAAAAUCAUAAUGAAACAUACACAUGGAGUAACAUCAAUUGCUGUGUUCACAACGUUAUUGUAGGAAAACUAUGGGUAGAACAUUAUGGAGUUCAAGAAAUACAGAACCAUAAUACAAAGCAUAAAGCUGUGCUGAAUUAUAAACAGGGUGGAUGGUUUGGAAAAGAUCUGAACAAAGUUGAUGGAUAUAUAUACAGUCCUGACAAACAGAAACUGAAAGCCCUUUACGGGAGUUGGGUGAAAGAGCUGUAUGCUGUAAAUCCAGCAGAGUAUGAUGAAUUUAUGAAGGAAUUAAACUCAGGAACCUCACCUAGUCAAAGUGCCAAAGUAAGUAUAAAGUAUUCACAACUGCCUGAAGAGCAUACCUUUGCAAAAGCACUUGCAUUUUAG